UCUACUGCAUGCUCCCUUGCAGUCAGUUAUUCCAGGUUUCAUCUUUGUUUUCAGAAAAAGGAAACUAAGUAGAAGAUCAUGGCAAGUUCCGACUGGGGAUACGAUGGCCCUAAUGGUCCUGAACAAUGGGUCAAGCUGUACCCCAUCGCAAAUGGAAGUAAACAAUCUCCUAUCGACAUUAAAACCAGUGAAACCAAACAUGACCCCUCCCUAAAAAGUUUCAGUGUCUCCUACAAUCCAGCCACAGCUAAAGAGAUUGUCAACGUGGGACAUUCCUUCCAUGUAAACUUCGAGGACAGUGAUGACCGAUCAGUGCUGAAAGGCGGUCCUCUCUCUGACAGCUACAGGCUCUGCCAGUUCCAUUUCCACUGGGGCAGCACGGAUGACUAUGGUUCUGAGCACACAGUGGAUGGAGUCAAAUAUUCUGCAGAGCUUCACCUGGUCCACUGGAAUUCUGCAAAGUACUCCAGCCGUGCUGAAGCCAUCUCACAGGCUGAUGGUUUGGCAAUUAUUGGUGUUUUGAUGAAGGUUGGUCAGGCAAACCCAAAACUGCAGAAAGUACUUGAUGCCCUAAAUGCAGUUAAAACUAAGGGUAAAAAGGCCCCAUUCACAAAUUUUGACCCCUCUAUUUUCCUUCCUUCAUCCUCGGAUUACUGGACCUACCCUGGCUCUCUGACUCAUCCUCCUCUCUUUGAGAGUGUCACCUGGCUCGUCUAUAAGGAGAGCAUCAGUGUCAGCUCAGAACAGCUGGCGCAGUUCCGCAGUCUUCUAUCGAAUGUUGAGGGUGGUAAGGCCGUCCCCAUUCAGCACAACAACCGACCACCCCAGCCUCUGAAGGGCAGAACCGUGAGAGCUUCAUUCUGAUGGGCCCAGGAGGGAACUUACCCUCCCUCGAGGAACAAAGCCUUGCUUCUGACAUAAUCCAGUAAAACAAUUUUUAAGAAACAAAUUUAUUUCAAUACUAGCAGACAGCAUACCUGCAAAUUUAAUCUUUAGAACUAAAAAACUUUAAUUCUCGCUCUUAAUGCUUAACUCAAAUAGUAAUCUAUAAGCUUACAAAAUUUGUUCUUACUUCAAGUUUAUUUUGUGGAAUUCUCUAUAAUUGCAGUUAAGGUGUACUGAAUAAUUUCUUAGAGAUUUGUAUCUCUUUCCAUUUUAUUCAUUUUAGUUGAACCAAUAAAAUAAUUUUAUCCCUUUC